AGGGGAUGGAGAUUAAUAUGUACUUUAGUGCAAAACCAAAAGGUGACACCACGCAACAACGAGUUCACUGGUACUUGCUAUAGUACGUCAACACAUGAUGAGAUUUGACUUUGUGGCCUCCCCGCACUUGAUGCGGUUUCCGUUCCCCAAACAACAUGUCCGUGCGACGAGCCGGUGGUCCCUGGUAUGCUUCUGGCGAUCGACCGCGUUCAGAGCCAGUCGGCCAGAGACCUCCGAGAUGACCGGCACAACUCCAUCGGACGAAGUCUCUGGCUGCAAAGCGGGUGCAAACGGCAAAUCUUUCCUGCAUGCAGCCUCACGAUCGCCCCGGCGCGGGCAACCGACUGGGAAGUCAGAUCGUGCAGCCUCGGAGCGACCCUUCCGCGAGAAGGUGAGCGGACAGGAGGUGCUCACUUCGCUGUUUCGCGGCUACUGGGAUUUGAAGCGGCAAGAGCUUCGGGCGUCUACGAGCGUUGCAGUGGCCGCCUUGUACCACACACGGGCCUUCGUUCUCGGCCGAACUGAGUUUGCACCGCAAGAGCCCGCAAUGCCGGCCUUGGAACUCCACACAGCCCGCGGUCAAUACUGCAAUCUGGUGUGGCAUCUUCGAAGAAAGGUGCGCCGCGGCGCACUGAAUGCAGAUCAGCUCGUGACCACGCUUACCGCCGUACUGCGCCAGCCUGUGCGGGUCGUGAAGCCGCUUGCCGCGGACGCGCUCCGAGAACUGACGAAAACCUGGUGUGCCGCCGAUGUAAACCUGCUCAAGCCAGCGCAGGCCGCGUGCUGCCUAAACACCAUUGUCGCUCUAGGGCUACGGGGCGACGAGUUCGUCCAGCGGUGUGAGCAGCUGUUUCGGGCGCACUACUACUCCGGCAAGAUCACCGGCGAACCGCUUUUGCCCUCCGGAGACGAUCCAGAAAACAUGAACCCACCAUCCCUGUCGCAGGUCCAGCCGCGGCACCUCGUACAACUUCUGUCCGCAGCAGCGUCCAUGCGCCCGUCAUCGCUUCUGCCACAAUCUGAGCUCGCUAAGCUGCACCCAAGCUUUGGUUAAUAUGCCUUGCAAAUAUGUCGGGUUCUCGAAAAUUCAAGUUUAUCAUGCGUGCCCGAGAUGACUCUCAUUGUUAACUCGGUGAUGCAUGUGCAGGAAAGGAGCCUCUUGGCUGUCAUGCGAAGACGCAGUUGCUUUUGCGCAAAAACGAAAGAACACACAGGAAAGGAAAAACCUGUCAUGCUUACCUGCGUAUUGCAGUGCGCAGCUGAGCACUCACAAACUAGCAUGACAAUUUUAUUUCCGACCCAGACAUAUUUGCAGUGGAUAUAAUCGAUAAGCAAGCAAGGACUGAACACUGGGUUGUCGACGCGGUUGCAGCGGUGCUCACGAGAAGGUGUGCGGGCAGCGACUUGAAGCUCCGCGAGUAUGUGGACUGUGCUUACGCCUUGAUGCUUGCUGAAAACACGACCGCGGAUGGUGCGCCUUCGAUUGCAACAGACCACCACUCUGGAAGAACCCGGACGUCGCAGCUGCACGAACAGUUGCGCAGCAGGAUCCUGGAGUCAGCUACCCCAAUCGUGGUACACGCGGCAAAGCGACUGCUCUCUGACCGGUGGGUACCAUGUUGAAAACACAUCGUUGCCAAAUUUUGGGAAGUAGAACCCUGGUCUUCACGGAGCGUGUUCACGCGAAGAUGAAAGCGGGUGGCUCGGUCCUCGGGGACAAUAAACCCUAACUAUAACCAGUAAUGGAAAAAAUACGAAACAGCUUGUUUUCAUGCGACCUUCUCUUUUUGCAAGUAGAACUCGAACAGAGUUCAAAGGCAUGUUAGACCAAGCGCUCCGAUUAUAUGGGUUGGCAGCGGUUUUCAAAAUGAAAAUAUCAAAUGCAAGUCUGUCUGGGUCGGGAAUAAAUUUUUCAUGUUCCAGGGAUCAUGCACGGGAUUUUUUGCAAAGCAUCUGGCUUAUUUAUUCCAUUUGCGUAUUUCUCCCUAUCCAGACAACUUACCCCUCAUAAGAAAAAAUCAGUAUCAAAUGUAAAAAUGUCUGGGUCUGGAAGAUUGCCAGGUUUGUCAUGCACAUUUUGCAUGACUCCUCAAGUCUGUGAUGCAUGCCCUAGCAUCACAGACUUUUAGAGGGCUUCCUGAAGCCUAUUCCGCAUGACAAAUGCUCUUUCCGUGCUGCAAAAUUUGGACUCUUUUUGCUGCUCAUGCAAUACAGAUUUUUUUAGAAUCCAAAAUCAGCAUGACAAGUUGAAUUCUUCCAGACCCAGACAUUUUUACAGUUGAUAAUCAGCAGUAGACGACGAUUUUUUCAUCGGCGAUAUAGCCAACUUCCCCGACGCGACACUGUCACCACUAUCGCAAUGAAAAAUUAUCACUCCCGUUUGCUGCAAAAGGUGUGUUUAAGCUGAAUUUGCGUCCACAUCAUGAUGUCAUUGUCUUGCAUGUUGGUUUCUCCUCCUGCUGGCGCGAACUGUUUAGUGAACUCUCCAAAGCCAAUCAGGAAGAGGCUCUACCUCCAAUGACUCCCUGGGCGGGACAGCAAGGUCUUUCGUUUUGAAAAUGGAGGCGCAACAUGAUAUUACAACCAAAAAAAAAACCGGGAGCACGGGUAUAACUUUUUCUUCCUGUUAUGGUAAGCAACAUCGGCAGGCCACGAGAACCCGCACCACAACCUGCAGAAAGAGAGCGGUGCUGCGGCAGGCGACGCUGGGGCGGGCGGUUCCGCAGCAGUGCUUUCGAUGGCGGAUUUUCUCCGAAUAUCAAAAGAAAGUCCACGCACCAAAGAUCCGGUUUCGGUAAGUAAAGAAGUACCUAGGUAGACGAAGGGCUCAGCAACACACCCAUCUUCGCCGAAAGUAUUGCAGUGAGUGAUGCCGACUACUCUGUCAUCGAUUCGAUGUCGCAAGACGCUGCAAACGAAAUGUAGAUGAUGAUGAAAGGUCAACUAUUACAAAUCAUCCCUGCAGCCCACUGCGCUGUUCAUCAUAGCCGUUCGGUUACUGCAUUGGUAGUUUGCGUUUUUAUGUAAUUUCAUGAAAAUAUCUGCUUUUGCCGCGGAAAAGUUGCGCGGCGUGGAGUUUCAUUUUCACACUACCGUGAGCUGGGGAUGCUGCAACACUAUCCUCUGGAGAAGCUUUCCCGCCCCUGAUUUGACAUGCGAAUUUCUAUGCCCUUGGUCUUGCUCAGGAUGUUUCUCGUACGCAGCCCCACAAAGAUAAACUUCGAUCUGAUGGUGGUUUUAGAAUGUGUCAUGCUAUAAACAAGCUAAAGACAGUCGAUUUCUUUCGAUGCCGCAGCCACAUCAGCUAGUCACAGUGGCGCUGCGAGUUGAAACUUGUCAUGCGCACUUGCCAGACCUUGUCGAUUUGUGCAGCAAGACCAAAAUUGCUUUCUUGACUCUUGGGCGGUUCGGACGUCUUUACACAGGAUAAAUACGACCGCUUCCGGACGUAUCGUCGAGAAAGGUAGUACAAAAGACCAGCGCAUUCUGUUGAACAGGAGGCACUUGCAUUGCAUCGCUAAUAUCAUUAUUUGCGUAAGUACAUCAGAACGCAUCUCAUGCUGCAUAAACUACUACUUCCCUUGCACUAUGGUGUAUUCGUACACCGUGCUUCGCUUCUUCGUCCGUUUUUUAUGCUUGACUCGAAAUAUAAUUCCACAUCAACUUUUCUCCAAAGAAAAACGGCUUUGCGCUGAACAUCGGGAUUUUUGCCCCAUUCAUACAACCGUCGUGGCGUUCUACGGCCUGAAUGACUCACUCCCGGGGGAGUUUCGCGAGGUGCUCGAGCAGACUGCCGCAUGUGGCCCUCGCACGCAUACUUCGGUACGACGCGAGCUUUCGGAGAGUGCAAAUUUUGCGUCAUUGAAGCCACGACGCCCGCGUGAAUCGCCGCACGGUAGCAGGGCGCUUGGUUUCUCGGUUUUCGCGCACGACGAGUGCGACUGGGACGAGGUUGCUGCUGUGGAGCAGCAUUUACGCGAAGUCGCCGACUCGAGCUCGAUGAAUGUCUGUUCGACCUUAAUAUGCACCCCAAAUUCAUAUGUCUGGGUCUGGAUAGACGCAAACCUGUGGUUCUGCCUUCCGAUUCACCUAUGAAAUUCUGUAUAUAAUGCUAUGUCGCCACUAAGGCAUUUUUCAUGCGGGAGAGGGAGAAUUAGGCAGCCUUUACAAGACCUGUGAUGCGUGGAAGGUUUUCACCAAAGAAAGGCAUCGUUGAUGGUAUAAAAUCCGCAUGACAAACCUUGUACUAUUUCACACCGCCCAGACAUGUUUGCAGGUGAUAAGCACCCGCGACGGCAGCACAACAUAGCUGAUGUACGGGCGCUCCGGCAUGCCAUUGCGAUAGAAUAAGAAAAGUGUACGAAGCUGGUUUGUUUCUGACGCAAACCUUCGCCGGAAUAAAACUGGUUUGUUUUGUGGUCUGCUGGUGACAGGGCUGAGUUUUUUGUGGCAGUGACUAGAGCUCUUGUGCGAACUUUCGUCGUUGAAAAGCGCAUGACAAAGUUCUUGCUGUUCGUCUGGUAGUACAUAAGUACUACGCUGCUGCGCGAAGUUCAGACACGGAAAAGGACAUAGUAGAAAAAGGUUGCGGAAAGCAUUCCGACCAG